GGCGUCACGUAACCCAGCCUUCUCGGGCUCCACCACCGCCUCUUCCUUCCCAGCUUUUUCCCUCUCCUCCUCCUCCUCCUCCUCCUCCUUCUGCUCCCCUCCGUUGCAUGUUCUCCCCUCCCGCACUCCUGGAGAUAGACGCUCAAGCCUGACGCCUCUGAAAAGGCAGCAGCAGUCGCCUUAUUCGUAGACCUCAGGAAAUUCUCUUUGACCGAUGCAUGCUUCAGGCUGUGGCUCGAGCUAAGGGGAAUAACCGGGCAGAUUUCUGGGUCCUUAUAAAAGGACAAAAUAAAACCAAAAUGCAUCGCCAUCACACAACCAAUUGAUAUGCUGGCAUCUUAGCUUGGCCUUGCAGAGGCGGAGGAAAAAGAAGAGGAGCUGUUGUGAUUUCCACAUCUAACAGCUUCUGGCUAUUUCACAACUUGUGGGUUUGAGGCCUGUUCUUGGGGAGGUUUAAAAGAGAAGUGAAAUCCAGCCUGGCAGGCAAUGCACAAGGAAUUUGGCUUAGGCUGCAGUGGUGCUGGAAGUCCUUGAUAUGACAGAAGAAGCAGGUCUUUGAAGCUACUUUGGGGUUAAUAAGUGGUGCCCUCAAGAGGCAAAGAAUCCCCCUCUCCGUUUUGGUUUGGGACACUGCAUCUGGAAGGGAAACACUGAGGCAGUCACAAGCAUCCAAGGAUACUGGGUCAUUGCCUGCUUCUUGUAAUUCUUGAGAAAGGUGGGUGCUUUUUACUGACUGUAACUGCUUCCCUUUUGUCUGGUACCACGCUGGGGGUACCUGGCAUUUGGAGGAGUGAAGUAAAGUAUUUGUUGACACCAUAGCUGCCCUUAAACUAGAUCACUGGAUGCAAAUGGAUCAGUGAUUUCUCUUGAUCUUCUGUUGACGCUUUUUUCAGAACGUUGCCUCCAAAGUGUAUCCUCCCUUUGGUCUGGAAGUUCUGUGGUUGCCCUGUACCACUGGGGUCUACGUUUUCCUAUUGGAAGGGGACUAUAAGGAGAGAGGUAAGGGUUGUUGGAAGAGGAGAAGAAGAAAAAAAGAGCUAGUGGAGGGCACAACGCUCCCACUCCGGCCUAUCACCUUGUCCUUUCUCUUGGGACCCUUAUUUCUUCAUCACGGUGUCCAGGACCAUUUUGACCCUGUCGGCCCCGGCACCCCCCCGCCGCACCCCAGCCCCGAGCAUGGGGACGGCGCUUCUCCAGCGCGGGGGUUGCUUUCUGCUAUGCCUCUCGCUGCUGCUCCUGGGCUGCUGGGCAGAGCUGGGCAGCGGGCUGGAGUUCCCCGGCGCUGAGGGCCAGUGGACGCGCUUUCCCAAGUGGAAUGCCUGCUGCGAGAGCGAGAUGAGCUUCCAGCUCAAGACGCGCAGUGCCCGCGGCCUGGUACUCUACUUCGACGACGAGGGCUUCUGCGACUUUCUGGAGCUGAUCCUGACGCGCGGUGGCCGUCUGCAGCUCAGCUUCUCCAUCUUCUGCGCCGAGCCCGCCACGCUCCUGGCCGACACGCCGGUCAACGACGGCGCCUGGCACAACGUGCGCAUCCGUCGCCAAUUCCGCAACACCACGCUCUUCAUCGACCAGGUGGAGGCCAAGUGGGUGGAAGUGAAGUCCAAGCGCAGGGACAUGACGGUGUUCAGCGGCCUCUUCGUGGGUGGACUGCCCCCGGAACUGCGCGCCGCGGCGCUCAAGCUCACACUGGCCUCAGUGAGGGAGCGCGAGCCCUUCAAAGGGUGGAUUCGAGACGUGAGGGUCAAUUCCUCCCAGGCCCUGCCAGUGGACAGCGGGGAGGUGAAGCUGGACGAUGAGCCGCCCAACAGCGGCGGCGGGAGCCCGUGCGAGGCGGGCGAGGAGGGCGAGGGCGGGGUGUGCCUCAAUGGAGGUGUGUGCUCGGUGGUGGACGACCAGGCAGUGUGCGACUGCUCGCGGACCGGCUUCCGCGGCAAGGACUGCAGCCAAGAAGACAACAAUGUGGAAGGUCUGGCGCACCUGAUGAUGGGCGACCAAGGUAAAAGUAAAGCAUCCAUGGUUCCCAGCCAUUUACCACACCUUUCUUCAGGAAAAGAAGAAUAUAUUGCCACUUUCAAGGGAUCUGAAUACUUCUGCUACGACUUGUCUCAAAACCCCAUUCAAAGCAGCAGUGAUGAAAUAACUCUGUCCUUUAAAACUCUUCAGAGGAAUGGACUGAUGCUUCACACCGGGAAAUCAGCCGAUUAUGUCAAUCUUGCCCUGAAAAAUGGAGCUGUCUCUCUGGUCAUUAAUUUGGGAUCAGGGGCCUUUGAAGCACUAGUGGAGCCCGUGAAUGGAAAGUUUAAUGAUAAUGCCUGGCAUGAUGUGAAAGUCACCAGGAAUCUGCGUCAGCACUCAGGCAUUGGACACGCUAUGGUAAACAAACUACAUUGUUCGGUGACAAUAUCUGUGGAUGGGAUUCUUACCACAACGGGCUACACGCAAGAAGAUUAUACCAUGCUGGGGUCUGAUGACUUUUUCUAUGUUGGAGGCAGUCCCAGCACAGCCGACCUCCCAGGGUCACCAGUCAGUAACAACUUUAUGGGCUGUCUCAAAGAGGUUGUGUAUAAAAAUAAUGAUGUAAGGCUGGAAUUAUCUCGACUUGCCAAGCAAGGAGAUCCUAAGAUGAAGAUCCAUGGAGUCGUGGCAUUUAAAUGUGAAAAUGUUGCAACUUUGGACCCAAUCACUUUUGAAACUCCAGAAUCUUUCAUCUCUUUGCCUAAAUGGAAUGCAAAGAAAACAGGCUCCAUAUCCUUUGAUUUCCGUACAACAGAGCCAAAUGGCCUCAUUUUAUUCAGCCAUGGCAAGCCAAGACAUCAAAAAGAUGCCAAGCACCCACAGAUGAUAAAGGUUGACUUCUUUGCAAUUGAGAUGCUGGAUGGCCACCUCUACCUCCUCUUGGACAUGGGGUCAGGUACCAUAAAAAUAAAAGCCCUGCAGAAGAAAGUGAAUGAUGGAGAAUGGUAUCAUGUAGACUUCCAAAGAGAUGGACGGUCAGGUACCAUUUCUGUCAACACACUGCGCACGCCCUACACUGCUCCUGGUGAGAGUGAGAUCCUGGACUUGGAUGAUGAGUUGUACCUGGGGGGCUUGCCAGAAAAUAAGGCUGGCCUUGUCUUCCCCACCGAGGUGUGGACUGCUCUGCUCAACUACGGCUACGUGGGCUGCAUCAGGGAUUUGUUCAUUGAUGGCCAGAGCAAAGAUAUCCGACAAAUGGCUGAAGUUCAAAGUACCGCUGGAGUGAAGCCCUCCUGCUCCAGGGAAACAGCAAAACCGUGCCUUAGCAAUCCUUGCAAAAAUAAUGGCAUGUGCAGGGAUGGGUGGAACAGAUAUGUCUGUGAUUGUUCCGGAACAGGCUAUCUUGGCAGGUCCUGUGAGAGAGAGGCCACGGUUUUGAGCUAUGAUGGGAGUAUGUUUAUGAAAAUCCAGCUCCCCGUGGUGAUGCACACAGAGGCAGAGGACGUGUCCCUACGGUUCCGAUCCCAGCGUGCGUAUGGCAUUCUGAUGGCAACCACAUCCAGAGACUCUGCAGACACUCUCCGCCUGGAGCUGGAUGCGGGGCGUGUGAAACUGACGGUCAAUCUAGAUUGUAUCAGGAUUAACUGUAAUUCCAGCAAAGGUCCCGAGACCCUUUUUGCUGGCUAUAACCUCAAUGAUAAUGAGUGGCACACAGUACGUGUGGUUCGUCGAGGAAAAAGUUUGAAGUUAACGGUGGAUGAUCAACAGGCCAUGACAGGUCAAAUGGCAGGUGACCAUACACGGCUGGAGUUCCAUAACAUUGAGACUGGCAUCAUCACAGAACGUCGGUAUCUUUCUUCUGUCCCCUCCAACUUCAUUGGACACCUGCAGAGCCUGACAUUUAAUGGAAUGGCAUACAUUGACUUGUGUAAAAAUGGUGACAUUGAUUACUGUGAGCUCAAUGCCAGGUUUGGCUUCAGGAACAUCAUAGCAGACCCUGUCACCUUCAAGACCAAAUCGAGCUACGUUGCCUUAGCUACCCUGCAGGCCUACACUUCUAUGCAUCUUUUCUUCCAGUUCAAGACUACAUCCCUCGAUGGGCUAAUUCUAUACAACAGUGGGGAUGGAAACGACUUUAUUGUGGUUGAAUUAGUUAAAGGGUACUUACAUUACGUGUUUGAUUUGGGAAAUGGUGCUAACCUCAUCAAAGGGAGUUCAAAUAAACCACUCAAUGACAAUCAGUGGCACAAUGUGAUGAUAUCAAGGGACACCAGCAAUCUCCACACCGUAAAGAUUGACACAAAAAUCACAACACAGAUCACCGCAGGAGCCAGGAAUUUAGACCUCAAGAGUGACUUGUAUAUAGGAGGAGUGGCUAAAGAAACAUACAAAUCCUUGCCAAAACUCGUCCAUGCCAAGGAAGGCUUUCAAGGCUGCCUGGCAUCGGUUGAUUUAAACGGACGGCUUCCGGACCUCAUCUCAGAUGCUCUUUUCUGCAAUGGACAGAUUGAGAGAGGAUGUGAAGGGCCCAGCACAACCUGCCAAGAGGACUCCUGUUCCAAUCAAGGUGUCUGCUUGCAGCAGUGGGAUGGCUUCAGCUGUGACUGCAGCAUGACUUCCUUCAGCGGGCCACUCUGCAACGACCCUGGGACAACGUAUAUCUUUAGCAAAGGUGGAGGACAAAUCACGUAUAAGUGGCCUCCUAAUGACCGGCCAAGUACACGGGCAGACAGACUGGCCAUAGGAUUUAGCACUGUUCAGAAAGAAGCAGUCCUGGUGCGAGUGGACAGUUCUUCAGGCCUGGGGGACUACCUAGAACUGCAUAUACACCAAGGAAAAAUUGGAGUUAAGUUUAAUGUCGGGACAGAUGACAUCGCUAUUGAAGAGUCCAAUGCAAUCAUUAAUGAUGGGAAGUACCAUGUGGUCCGUUUCACGAGGAGUGGUGGCAAUGCCACGUUACAGGUGGACAGCUGGCCAGUGAUCGAGCGCUACCCUGCAGGAAACAAUGAUAACGAGCGCCUGGCGAUUGCUAGACAGCGAAUUCCAUAUCGACUUGGUCGAGUAGUUGAUGAAUGGCUACUCGACAAAGGGCGUCAGCUCACAAUCUUCAAUAGCCAAGCAACCAUAAUAAUUGGCGGGAAAGAGCAGGGCCAGCCCUUCCAGGGUCAGCUCUCUGGGCUUUACUACAAUGGCUUGAAAGUUCUGAAUAUGGCAGCCGAAAACGAUGCCAACAUCGCCAUAGUGGGAAAUGUGAGACUGGUUGGUGAAGUGCCUUCCUCUAUGACCACUGAGUCGACAGCCACUGCCAUGCAGUCAGAGAUGUCCACAUCAAUUAUGGAGACCACCACGACCCUGGCGACUAGCACAGCUAGAAGAGGAAAGCCGCCUACGAAAGAACCCAUUAGCCAGACCACAGAUGACAUCCUUGUGGCCUCAGCAGAGUGUCCCAGUGAUGAUGAGGACAUUGACCCCUGUGAGCCGAGCUCAGGUGGGUUAGCCAACCCCACCCGAGUAGGCGGGAGAGAGCCAUACCCAGGCUCAGCAGAAGUGAUUCGGGAGUCCAGCAGCACCACGGGCAUGGUCGUCGGGAUAGUAGCCGCAGCCGCCCUAUGCAUCCUCAUUCUCCUCUAUGCCAUGUACAAGUACAGGAACCGGGAUGAAGGCUCAUACCAUGUAGAUGAGAGUCGAAACUACAUCAGUAACUCAGCACAGUCUAACGGGGCUGUCGUAAAGGAGAAACAACCCAGCAGUGCGAAAAGCGCCAACAAAAAUAAGAAAAACAAGGAUAAAGAGUAUUACGUCUGAUCCCAAGAUCUGAAAAGGACACUUGUAUAGAAAUAGUCUUCAUUUUAUCUGAGACAUAAUAUAAACUUAUUUACUUUCCUUUUUAUGAAGCACAUACAAAAGAAGACAGGGAAUGCAAUCAGGAAGGAAAGACUGUUUUUAAAAAAAAAAAAAAAAAACAAGUAUCUCAUGCUCUUGUUUCUCAAAAAACAAAACAAAAAAAAGAAAAGAAAAAAAAAAAAAAACAGGGGCCAAUAAAUUCCCUAACAUCCGCAGUGUUUUCAUUUACUCUGCCUGUCUUUAUGUUGCUGGAACAUUUCUAAAAGACAGUGAUGACCGCACGCAUUCAUAAAGCAAAGGAGUAUUACAAAAUCAAGGCACAACACAAAAACAACACAAAACAUAACACACAAAAAAAGAAGCUACCUAUGAUCCUGGAUUUAGCCAAAGUGCUAGCGCUUUCCUGAGAAGUCAGUUAGUCCCAUUGCCAGAGAAGACUGUCAUUUUGAAUGACUCAACCUGCAAUCCUUUAAGAGUUUGCCGCCUGGUGCAACUGGAGCAGUGGUUGGAACUUGCAUUUGAAACAAAGUGCUGGCUUUUUUGAAGACUUGUGUAGGAACACAUUCAAAAAGCCCCUUUCUGGUUGUAAGAGAAAAAAAAAAAAAUACGGAGGCCUUAUUUUCAAAAAUGUGAAAUAUAAGGCACAUUUUCACACUCAAAUUUCAAAAUAAAAACAAGAGGGCAUAGAUGCAAUCAUUGGGAAAUUUUCAUGCACGCUUACUAUGUUAUUACAUAUGUUUAUAUAAAAUCCAUCUCUGUGUGCUUUCUGGACUGUGAUAAGUGACGUUUUAUAGCCUGUUGUAUAGAAAAUGCAAAAUAUAUCUGCUCUUCAGCCAUUUUUGGUAACUCAAUGUUAUAAGUGUUGCUAAGUAUAGGGAGUUUUAUGACAUCGGAGCAACAAUGAUUUCAGUCAGAUUUUUUUUGCCACCAUUAUAAAUUGCCACACUUUUUUUUUUAAUUACAGUGUAGUGUUUAUUCUAAGAAAGAUAUGUAUGAAUGUAUAUAAAAAGACUCAGCUACUUUUUUUCUUAUAUGUACAGCCUUCAUUCUGUUGCAAUUAAGUUUUAGUAUUUGUAUGAAAGGUGUGAAUUAGAAGGUAAAAUAUAUACAUAUGUAUCUUAUAAACUUUUCUCCCCAAAAUACUCACGUUUCCACAUACAUUCACGUUCUCAAUUACACACACACACCCACACACACACACACACACACACACACACAUAUCCACAGGAAGUCCAUCGGAUAUGAUGGAAGACCCAAACAUGCAUAUAGUCACAAAUAUUUACUGACAAGUUGAAAAGCAGGAAGGAAGAUAGCUGUGCCAAGAUAUUAAGACAAGUGGGGUGAUUUGCUUCCUUGAGAUCUUGCUCCCAGGAAACCCCAAGAAGAUUUUAGUCCCUAAUCAAAUAGAAUAUCACUGGUAUACUGCUGCAUGAAUAGGAAUCAUUAUGUGGGCAGGUAACAGAAGCAAAAUUGGUUAAUCUACACCUUAACUCUGGCUGCUGCAAUUGAAAACUUUGUUUCCAAUAAAUUACUAUAUAUACAUUCUCUGUACCUGAUGUGCAUGAUAAACCUUUUUGGAAAGUAAACAGUUUCUCAACUAAAAAAGUAUUUUCAAUAAUUUUUGAUUCUGUAUUACUACCCAUUUAAAAUUGUUCUCUGUUGAUUAUUGACUAAAUUUUAACUUUUCUGGUUUUACAUCUAUAUCAUUAAAUAUAGUUUUAGUUUAACAUACAUUAAGUAGUAGGAAAGUAUAGAUUAUACACUUGUUUUGCAUAUUGUUUCAAUGAUGUUCAUAGCAAUAAAUUAUUAGUAUGAGAAAGUAAUGCAAAGGAAGUACAUUAUUAGAUUUCAAGAAGAUGCAUCAGUAAAAAUUGAUCACAUUAUGUGAACGUGUCCUAGAAGAAUGAUUCUAGAUUUCAUAGGAAAGAAUACCUUUACAAUUAGCUUUAAUCAGCAAGGGCAAAAAAUGCAAAACAUCUUUGUGACAUUUUAAUUGAUAUAAAAUGCCAAUAAGUGGCCUGAAUUUCAGACAUACAGUACCUUAGAAAUAUAAUAAUUCAUAGCAAAUCACAACUACCUAUGGUUGCCAAGUAAUUGUGUAAGAAGAGUCUUAAAGGCUCUUUAUGACCCAGGAAGUUGAUGGUAAAACUAAAAUUUAAUAUCCCUUCUGUUUCAGGUUUUACCUCUUUUUAAUUUGCCAGGUUAAAGAAUUCACAAGUCUUUUAUUUCCCCCCCUCUCUUUCAGUCUUACUCAGGGAAAGCCAGUGAAAGGGAAUAUAAAACCACUAAUCUACAGCUAAAGGUUAAAAAAAUAUGGUUGCUUUAACAUUUAAACUGUUGAACUUGUACUAGUUUCAUCUAGAGUCUAAAAUAUGAUAGCAAAUAAAUUGAAUAGUGGUAUUUUUAAGCAGUAUAUUUGUGAAUAAUGCUGUUUGGGAUUAAUUUCAAUGUUUCUUCCCAGAAUAAAUUUUAAAAUUUCAUGCAAUGAUGCAGUCUCAUAUUGCCAGUAAAAAUAUUUCUAAUGUUAUUGGUCUACCUGAAAUCUAGCAGUUUUCUUCCUGAAUGGAGAAAGAAAAGAGAGGAACAUGAGUUAGGGAGAGAAAAAGACUUGAAUAAAAUCCAAGUAUCUUCAUACCAAAUGUAUCAGGGUUCAUGCAUAGUUUGUAAUUAGUAGAGAAUUUCACACUACCUGGCAUAAAUUUGAUUACAUCUCUAGACUGUAACUUUUCUGAUUGAGUAUGCUUCUUUUUUAUCCAUGUAAUAUGUUGCCUUUAAAAAAAAAAAACACUACUACAAUAAUGUGUGAGGUGGUCAAUCCCUACGACAUCAAAGAAAGACCACAUGAUCUUACCCUUC